GAAUUUUCCAUUUCCUCCUAGACUGAGUCGUUUCUUCCGGCAAUUUUGACGGUAUAAUCUUCGAGAAAAUUCUCCAUCUCUCUCUCUCAUUUUAUCUCUUCGGAGCAUUCUGUUCUUGUAUGGCAGUUAGUUUUUUGAAUCGCGAGGUAUCAGACCUGUGUUUGGGGAAACCCGCGCUGAGGCCGGUGAAGGAGACGGCGAGCAUAGCGGAGGCGGUAGCGGCGUUGAAGAGGUCCGGCGAGAGCCACGUGAGCGUGUGGAGAUGUUCCGACCAUUCUAGGAAGGUUCUGGAAGGUGACAAUUGCCGCUGUAUCGGUAAGAUCUGUAUGGUGGAUGUGAUUUGCUUUCUGUGCAAGGAGGAGAAUUUGGGAAACAUUUCCAAGGCUAUGGAAUCUCCGGUCUCGGAGCUUUUGCCCAAAGGGAUCUCCAUCGUCACGCAUUUGGAUCGCAAUUCCAGCUUGCUGGAGGCAAUGGAUUGGAUUCUUGAAGGCACUCAAAACCUUGUUGUACCAAUACAGAGCUACAUGCGCAGAAAUUCGAGGAGAAACAUUUUGAAUAAACCCCUAUCUCUGAGUUCAUCGAACCAUCACGGGGUUGAAUACUGUUGGUUGACACAGGAAGACGUGGUUCGCUUCCUUCUGAAUUCCAUUGGUGUCUUUUCCCCGCUGCCAACCUUUACAAUUGAAUCACUCAACAUCAUUGAUCACGAUAUCAUGACCAUUCGUUACCAUGACCAUGCAGCCGCAGCCUUGAGCUCCAUUUCUCGUGCUCAUGUUGAGCAGACCUCAAUUGCUGUUAUUGAUGAUGAUAACAGAUUGAUAGGCGAAAUCUCGCCCUUCACUCUUGCCCACUGUGAUGAAACAGUUGCUGCAGCUAUCAUGACUCUCUCGGCAGGUGAACUCAUGGCUUACAUCGACUGCUGUGGUCCCACCGAGGACUUGAUGGAGUUGGUGAAGCAGAGGCUUGAUGAGAAAAAUCUUGGCACACUUUUGGAACUAAUGGAGGAUGAGUAUUCUGUGUCUUCAAUUUCAUCAUCACCUUCCAGUUGUUCUUCAGGCGACGAGUCCACCUUGAGCAAAAGCAGUGGGUCGGGACAAUACUGUAUGAGGAGAUCCGAGGCAAUUACUUGCCAUCCAUGGAGUUCAUUGGUUGCCGUUAUGAUUCAAGCGCUGGCGCAUCGCGCAAGCUGCAUUUGGGUCAUUGAAGAAGACCAAACUCUGGUUGGAAAUGUGACAUACAAAGAAAUCCUGAGGGUUUUCAGGAGCAUUGCCAACUCGCGGCCAAAGCCAGGUAGAGAGAAUGCAUUCAAACAAUAACAGACAGUCAGAAUCAGCUUAUGGUAUAUACUUAUAUUGUUAUAUGCCAAAUUGUACUUUUAUCAAUUCUUGAAAAAAAUCUUCUGAGUAAUAAAUAUAAAUUAUACU